UCCUCACCUCACAUCUCGCAGCCUCUCUCUCUCUUUGUCUUCUCUCUCUAUAAGAGUUUUCUUCAAUCUCUCUCUAUACCUCUCUUCAUAGUUUUUUGCUUUUGUACAUAAUCGAUUUUGAUAAUCUGAAUUUGCAUUUUGAUAAUCUAAAAUUAAGCAAUUGGAAAAAAGAAGAAGAAAAGGGUGGGGAGGCAUACCCAGAUAAUGAACCUACCCUCUGUUCUUAAUCUCAUUGUGCCUCCCCUCAGAUCUUAAGAUUUCUUCAUCUGGGUCGUCUUCAAUUGGAUUGUGUUUUGUUCUGCCUUGAUUCAUUGCUUGUUUUAAGGAUCCGACAAUCCUUAACUGAAUCCGACAAUAUCUAUAUUGUCAUCUUUUUACACUUUUUGAGGUUGUCUCGCAAUUUAAGAUAAAAUGCAAUCAGAUAGUGGCAAGCUAUUUAUCGGUGGAAUAUCGUGGGACACAAAUGAAGAGCGACUCAGGGAGUAUUUCAGUACUUAUGGAGAGGUUAAGGAAGCAGUGAUAAUGAAGGAUCGGACAACUGGUAGAGCUCGUGGAUUUGGUUUCGUUGUUUUCAUUGAUCCAGCUGUUGCAGAUAUUGUCGUGCAAGAGAAGCACAACAUUGAUGGAAGGAUGGUUGAGGCGAAGAAAGCUGUUCCUAGGGACGAUCAGAACGUAUUGAGUAGAACCAGUGGCAGCAUCCAUGGUUCUCCUGGUCCAGGUCGCACUCGUAAGAUAUUUGUUGGAGGUUUAGCUUCUACAGUGACAGAGAGUGACUUCAAGAAGUACUUUGACCAGUUUGGGACCAUAACAGAUGUUGUAGUAAUGUAUGAUCACAACACUCAGAGGCCAAGAGGCUUUGGAUUUAUCACAUAUGAUUCUGAAGAGGCUGUUGACCAGGUCUUACUUAAGACGUUUCAUGAAUUGAACGGUAAAAUGGUUGAGGUCAAGCGAGCAGUUCCUAAGGAGUUAUCCCCAGGACCUGCCCGCUCUCCUCUCAGUGGAUACAACUAUGGUCUGAGUAGGGUCAAUAGUUUCUUGAAUGGCUUCAAUCAAAGUUACAGUCCAAGUACUGUCGGUGGCUAUGGACUUCGGGUGGAUGGUAGGUUCAGUCCGGUUGCUGGUGGCCGAAAUGCAUAUGCACCAUUUGGAUCUGGUUAUGGAAUGGGUAUGAAUUUUGAGCCUGGUUUGAGUCCUGGUUUUGGAGGGAAUGCAAGUUUCAAUGGCAAUCUUAGCUAUGGACGGGGAUUAAAUCCUUAUUUCAUCGGCGGCUCCAAUAGGUUUGGCAGUCCUGUUGGAUAUGAAAGUGGUAACGGAGGUAGCAAUUCUUUCUUCAGUUCAGUGACUCGAAACUUGUGGGGGAAUGGAAGCCUCAACUAUGGAACAAGUUCUGCAAAUUCCAAUGCAUACAUUGGAUCAGGAAGUGGGAAUGUUGGAGGAAAUGCAUUUGGCAAUACUGGUGUCAACUGGAGUUCUUCGCCGAUUUCUGGACAUGGUGGCGGGAACAAUGUGUCACAGGGUAGUGGCAAUCUUGGAUAUGGAGGUGGCAACAACGGUUAUGGAUUGGGGACUGAAGGGUAUGGAAGAAGCAGUGGUUCCACUCUCGCACCAACAUCUUCAUACUCUACAUCAAAUGGUGGUGGUGUAGAUGGGGCUUUUGCUGAUUUUUACAACAACAAUUCGGUCUACGGGGACACCACUUGGCGAUCUUCAAAUUCUGAGAGAGAUGGAUCUGGUCCCUUCGGUUACGGACUUGGUGGUGCACCUUCGGAUGUUUCUGCCAAGACUUCUCCCGGUUAUGUUGGUGGUUAUACUGUUAAUAAAAGGCAGCCAAAUAGGGGAAUUACUACAUAGGAAGAUCGUUUUGUUGACACGAACUUGUAGGCGAAGAUAAUCCAGUGAAGCAGGUGAAUUGUGAAUUUUGCACACCACUGUUGUUACUAUAUUUCAAGUUUAAGACAUAAGAUGUUUGGUUAUCUAGGGCUAACUGAAGUGCCUGUUUUGAGGAUUCAGAUAUAGAGAUAGAAGUUACAAGGGAAUGUUACGGCUUGAGUUUUUGAUUUAUUACUAUUUAGGUUUUUGGGUUUUUGGGAUUUGAGUGAGAUGUAAAAUCUGAUUGCGGGAUAUAGCGGAAGUGUAUCAUGCAUCACAUGUGAGAAGCGAUAUAAAAACAUUGAAAAACAUUUCUUUUUAUUUUCUUUUCUUUUUGGGGUAGCUUUUUGCUUGUAAUGUCAUGCAAAAUUGUGGGUUCUACUCAGGAAUUGUUUGUUCCUUCAAUCAUUUUGGUUUGAUUUUAGCAUAUUGUAAUCUGAGGAUUUUGUUGAUUAUUAGUGUGAUACAUUGAAGGGAUACCCUUCUAGGGUCUCCGUGAAUAAGUUACAUUACAUUUUGAUAAUUUUUUUUUAUAAGGAGAAUAUUUUAGGCUACA